AUGAUAAUAGAAACUUUCAACAUUAGAGGAGGAGGUAGUUACAUAAAGAGAAAGAGAAUUAGUGGUAUAAUAAGGAAGGGGCAGGAAGACGUCUUUUUGUUACAAGAAACUAAACUAGAGGAUGUUCCGGAGUUGGUUGCGAAGAUUUUUUGGGGGAUCGAUGAAAUUGAGUUUUCUUUCUUUGCUUCUGAUACUAUCUCUGUCAUCUCUAGCUUUCAGGUCAGUGGAUACUUAGGGGUGGAGGUUGUAUGGAAGGGAGGUUUAUAUUAUAUAGUCAACAUAUAUUCUGCUUGCUCUAUUGCUUUAACGAGGGAACUCUGGAAGGAAUUAUUGUUACUCUUAGGUAAAUUCAAUGAUGGGGAAUGGAUAAUAGCCGGGGAUUUUAAUGCUCUAAAGUCUACAAACGAGAGGGUCGGGAGUUCUUCGGAUAAUAAUGCAAGACAAAGGAAAGAGUUUGAAAACUUCAUCGACAAUAGCGGGCUUGUGGAUGUUCCUUGUAAAGGAAAGAAGUAUACAUGGUUUGGUGGAGAUGGUAUGUCUAAAAGUAUAAUUGAUAGGUUCCUUGUUUCGGAAUCUAUCAUUUCUUUGUGGGGAGCGGUGGGCCAAUUGAUCGGUCUUCGUGAUAUUUCCGAUCAUUUUCUGGUGUGGUUAGAGGUGGAUAGAGAGGACUGGGGGCCAAAACCUUUUAAGUUUAACAACGAGUGGUUUUCGAAUAAGGAUUUUGUUCCUUUCGUUGAAAAGGAGUGGAAUUUGAUGGAAGUAAGGGGUAGAGGUGAUUUUGUUUUGAAAGAAAAGAUCCGGUUGAUUAAAGAUAGGUUAAGAUGGUGGAGUAAAAUGGUGUUUAGCAAGUAUGACUUGGAGGUGGAUGAGGGGGUUAGAGAUAUGAACGAGACAUAUGAUUUAGAGACGGUCGAUGCGGAAUCUUUGGCUUUGAAUAAGGAGGCGAGUAAAAGAAUAUGGAUGAAUCUCAAGAUUAAGGAAAACAUGCUUAUUCAAAAGGCUAUAUUGAAUUGGUUGAACGAUGGGGAUUCAAAUAGUAGGUUUUUCCAUAGAUCGUUGAAGGAGAGAAGGAGAAGGAACCACAUUAGUUCGAUAGUAUCUAAUAGUGGGAUUGUUAAUUCGGUAAAAGAGGUGAAAGAAGAAGUUAAGAAGCAUUUUGAAGGGAAGUUUGUGGAAAAUUGCGUGAAUAUACCUAUUCUUGAAGGAAUGGAGUUUAAUAAUUUAAGUAUGGAAGAUAGGAAUAUGUUUAAGAAACCUUUCACGGAGAAUGAAAUAAAAGAGGCGGUUAGGAGUUGUGAAAGUUCGAAGAUUCUGGGACUGGAUGGUAUGUCUCUUCUUUUUUCAAAAAUUGUUGGUCCUUCAUUCAAAAGGAUGUGUUUGCUUGUUUUAAGGAUUUUCACUCCGGAGCGGUAUUGUCAAAAUCGAUUACUUCAUUGUUUUUAA